ACGGGCUGACAUGUGUUUGACAGUUUUCUCAAGCAGAGAGCUAGUUCUACACGUGAGUUUUGUUUACAUUUGUUGAUUUGGACAGAGAUGGUUCAGUCUUUAAACGGUUUACUGGUUUUAGCAUGCUUAGCCACGCUGAUAGUUAACACUGAACAAAGUCGCAUCAAGCGUUGCUUUGUCUGUAGAUCUAGAGGUGAGCUUGGAGACUGUAAAGAUCCUUUCCCCCACAAUGCCACAACUGCAGAAGAGCUACGAGCUGUAGAAGCUUCCCCUUGUGCUUCAGGAUGGUGUGCCAAAAUUAUUGAUGGAAAAGGAGAUGAAUACGCUAUUGCUACUGAAAGAAUGUGCCUUCAAAGACCACCUGGAGAUGAAGAACAGCGUUGUGCCCCAACCAUUUUCAAGGGCAGGAGGGUCAUGAUGUGCUUUUGCAAAGGAGAUCUAUGCAACUCUGCCAAUCUCAACAUUGCCAAACUAGGUGGACUUGUUUUUAGCAUACUUGUCUAUAUUCUAGGUCGACAUCGGUUAUGAACUUUACUUUCCUAAUUUACUAUAUUAAACUGUGUUAUGUGCAACUAUGUAUUGUAAAAGCAUCGAAAUAUCAUGCCGCCAUUAUGAGAUGAAAAGAAGCCUGCUCUCAAACAUGAAACUAUCAAAUUAUUUUAUUGGUGUUCAUUUUAAUAAA